AUGGUUUCGAAGCGAGCAGCAAACAAGCGAAAACGGACCUCGAACACUCCCGUCCGAAACAAGCGACGUCGAAUAACACAGCUCGCCCACACCAACGCCUCUGAACCCCAUCGAGAUCAUGGGCCUACUAGCGAAAUAUUCUGGGCGGCGAGAAGGAUCCUGAAGGACAAUGGAUCGUGUUAUCUGGUCGAAUGGGAGGGCAUCGACCCAGGGACGGGACGUCCGUACGAGCCGACGUGGGAACCGCACGAUUUUGUCACUCCAGCCCUAGAAGCAGAGUGGGAGGAGAUCAUCGCUGCUCGAAGCACCGUUACAGGACAUACCCGCAGUCAAGCCCAAUCGUUUGAAGAAGCCGAUAAUCGAAUGCAGCCCUUGAGCGGAUCGCCGGGACUAGUGACGUCUGGGCAACCUCCGACGAAGAGGGUACCUCAAUGUCAAAGCGUCCCGACAGCUUUUCCGCAGCAAAUGCAUCAGUCACAGCGUAGUUCCAGUUCGCUCUCCCUAGAGUCACAGCAAAGUGCGUGUGCGUUAGAGGAUAGGAACUCGUAUACGUGCGGUGUUAUACUUGCUAGGCAGAACAACGUCAAUUUGACACUCAGUACUACGACUACACUGGAAGAAACAUCGGGCUCGAACCAGCGGAACCCAGCUAUCGCGAGAGGUUCUGGCCAUACAGAUGAAGAUUUGAGCGCUACGGAUCCGGCCGCGCUGGGUUUGCGACACGGUCUACAUGCUCAGUCUUCGGCUUGCAUCGAGAAGGUCGGUAGUGUUGGCAUUAUGCAACUAUCGUCGCACCCUGAUCCUGUAGGGAAGCUCCAGGACGCAGGAUGCAAGGAAAGUGAGCUCCCGGAGAACCCAAGUCAGGAAGGGCUAGAGCCAUUGGAGCUGGCUAGGCGGGAGCUACCAAGAGCCCAUGCUUGUACGCUUGAAGAGAAAGGUUUACCUACGUCUGCAUUGCUCACAACCAGGAAGCCCUUGGAGACACAACAACAGCAAGAAAUGCAGGGCGAGCUGGAGAUCCUGGGGGCCAUGCCGUCCGCACCCGCCAAUGAAGUUGUUCACAAAGAGCCGGAGCUUCAAGCAGAAGCCGAAGUGGUGUCUUAUACAAAGACGUGGAGGGAACCCGUUCUCGAAAAAGCCACACUUGUUCUACUGCUAGGCGGGACGGUCGAGGAGCAAAGCCAGGCACUGGUGAGUUCAGAACGAUCACCAGGACGACUUUCCAAAGAUUGCUGGACUCAUGAGAAGGCUGUGAUACAACAUGCACCGGCCGAGCCCGACGUAAGCGAUGAGCCCACAAGGCUUUUAGCACGGUCCGAGCGGUCAAUAUCAUCAUCUUCAGAACAGAGCGAGUCCAACCUGCAGAACCUCAAAUCGCGCGCAGAUACUCUACCUGUUUUAGCAAUAGACCGUACACUGGUUGCACCCUCGGCGUUAUCCUCACAGCUAGGGUUGAGGCUAGAUACUAAGAUCACAGCCGGGCAGGCGUUUGCCAAGCAGGCAGAAGAUUGCGCAGCUGUACUAUACCGCUUCAACACCGUCGAUGCCGUACCCGAGGUCGUGCAGCGUGUGCGUGAGCGCUAUUUCAGAGCGGCUAUAGAGGCAGCUUGGACUCAGCCUCGUUGCGGAGACCGUCCGGUCGGCGGUCGGCUUGGUAGUAAUACACACGUUGCUAUACCGUUUCACUGCGACUACGGCUACAACGUCUCUAUUGGCGACAAUGUCAUAAUCGGGCCUGAUUCCCAAUUACUUGAUUCAGCCAGGAUAAGCAUUGGAAGAAACACCAAGAUUGACGGGCUACGGCCUUGA